AUGGGUCGAGGGCAGGGCCAGAAGGCCCGGGCCCAGCUUUGGGGCCUGUUGAGCCGUGCGCCCUGGGGCCCCGCCGCCUGGGUUUUCCUGCCCCCAACAGUCCCCUUCUGUCCUUCCAGGACGGUGGCCGCGGAGGUGCGGAAGCAGGUGUCGCGGGAGCGCAGCGGCUCCCCGCAUUCCGGCCGGCGCAGCUCCCUGGGGGUCCCGCUGACCGAGGUCAUCGAGCCCCUGGACUUCGAGGACGUGUUGCUGAGCCGGCCACCGGACGCCGAGCCCGGGCCCCUCAGGGACCUGGUGGAGUUUCCAGCCGACGACUUGGAGCUGCUGCUGCAGCCCCGGGAAUGCCGGACCACCGAGCCCGGGAUCCCCGAGGAUGGGAAGCUGGAUGCCCAGGUGAGGGCUGCGGUGGAGAUGUACACAGAGGACUGGGUCAUCGUCCACAGAAGGUACCAGCACCUGAGUGUCGCGUACAGCCCUGUCACCACGGAGACGCAGCGGGAGCGGCAGAAGGGCCUCCCCCGCCAGGUCUUUGAGCAGGACGUGUCUGGGGAGGAGAAGUCCGGCCCCGAGGACUCGGAUGACUCUCAGCGCUGCUCGGGCUCCCCGGACGACACCCCUCGAAGCAGCGGCGCCUCUGGCAUCUUCGACCUGAGGAACCUGGCAGCCGACUCCCUGCUGCCCGCGCUGCUGGAGCGGGCCGCGCCCGAGGAUGUGGACCGGCGCAACGAAGCCCUGCGGCGACAACACCGGCCCCAGGCCCUGCUCACCCUCUACCCGGCGCCUGAUGAGGAUGAGGCCAUGGAACGCUGCAGCCGCCCGGAGCCGCCCCGCGAGCACUUUGGACAGAGGAUCCUGGUCAAGUGCCUGUCGCUUAAGUUCGAGAUUGAAAUCGAACCCAUCUUUGGGAUCUUGGCCCUGUACGACGUGCGGGAGAAAAAGAAGAUCUCGGAGAACUUCUACUUCGACUUGAACUCGGACUCCAUGAAGGGGCUGCUUCGGGCCCACGGCACCCACCCCGCCAUCUCUACCCUGGCCCGCUCCGCCAUCUUCUCUGUGACCUACCCAUCCCCCGACAUCUUCCUGGUCAUCAAGCUGGAGAAGGUGCUGCAGCAAGGGGACAUCAGCGAGUGCUGCGAGCCCUACAUGGUGAUGAAGGAGGCGGACACAGCCAAAAACAAAGAGAAGCUGGAGAAGCUGCGCCUGGCGGCCGAGCAGUUCUGCACCCGCCUGGGCCGCUACCGCAUGCCCUUCGCCUGGACGGCCGUGCACUUGGCCAACAUCGUGAGCAGCGCGGGGCAGCCGGACCGCGACUCGGACUCCGAGGGUGAGCGCCGGCCCACCUGGACAGACCGCCGCCGUCGGGGUCCCCAGGACCGGGCGAGCAGCGGGGAUGACGCCUGCAGCUUCUCUGGCUUCCGCCCGGCCACGCUAACUGUCACAAACUUCUUCAAGCAGGAAGCCGAACGGCUCAGUGACGAGGACCUCUUCAAAUUCCUGGCUGACAUGAGGCGCCCGUCGUCCCUGCUGCGGCGCCUGCGGCCCGUGACAGCCCAGCUAAAGAUCGACAUAUCCCCGGCCCCCGAGAACCCGCACUUCUGCCUGUCCCCCGAGCUGCUGCACGUGAAGCCCUACCCAGACCCCAGGGCGCGGCCCACCAAGGAGAUCCUGGAGUUCCCUGCCCGCGAGGUCUACGCGCCCCACACCAGCUACAGGUACGGCCGGCCGGCCGGGCGCCAGGCGGGGUCCCCCUGCUCGCAGACACACAGACACCGGCGUGCGACUCACUGCUCUGGUUUAAUUAUCGGAGGGCGUGAAGGGGCUCGUGGCCUCCGUCCUUGCUCCACGCCGCCCCAGCGGGCCCGCCGGCCGCCUCCGCCCGCCUGCUUCUGCCUCUGCUCCGUGCCUGGAAGCCUGGAAGCGGGGCCACCCCCGCCGUCCCCGGGGACAGGCAGCUCCUCUCGGCGCGGGGCCUCUUGGGGCGUGGAAGUGUCCCUUGCGUGA